AUGGAGCUGCCUGCUGUCAGCCUCAAGGUUAUCAUUAUGGUACACUGGCUCCUCACAGUGUGGGGGUGCAUGAAUUACAUGUUUCCAGCCUCCUAUGCCUGGGGAAAUUUCAGUGUCCUCGCAGUGGGGAUCUGGGCCAUUGUGCAGCGAGAUUCCCUUGAUGCCAUCACGAUGUUCCUGUUCGGCCUGCUGCUCACAGUUGUCACAGAUAUAAUUCACAUCUCUCUCUUCUACCCUUCAAACAAGGAUCUCACUGAUCUGAAACGUUUCAGUGUAGGCAUGGUCAUCUUCAGCUUCCUUCUCAAACCUGUGUCCUGCUAUUUGGUGUAUCAAAUGUGUCGGGAGCGUGGAGGAGACUGCACCUUUAACAUAGACCCGAAGCCCUCAUGUGACAACUAUUUUGCCCACAAUGAUGUCAGCAGUGCAGGCCGGGAUCGCAGCACUUAUGAGCCAAUUGAUCAGCAAGAUGCCAAUCCACAGUGGCCUGACUCAAGCAGGACAGCCCAGCAGCCAUACUGA